AUGAGUAGUUUUGUUUUUUCGUCAGACUGCUGCAUAAACCUAACGCGGUCUGUUGGUGAUAGUGCGACGAAGACGUCCAGUCUCUUCGACAGGUCGGUCUCUACCGAGCUGACGUCGCCCUGUUCACUGUCAUGGACUCUACUUACUGCGUACACCAUAUGCAGUUCACUCGACGUUGAUCCUUGUAACAAAACUCCGGACAGCGCGACACUGCUGGCGUCAGUGUGUACCUGCGUGAUUGGUGCAGUCGGGUCGUACAUCGCGACCACGGGUUCGCUGCACAGUAUUCUUUUUAGUUCGUCAAACGAUUUUUGUUGUUCACUUUCCCAGGUGAACACCGUGUUCUUGCCGGUAAGCGUCGUCAACGGUGCAGCUAGCUUGGCGUAA